GUCAGUUAUCGACAAUUUGACAACAUUAUCCAGACCAAAACAUUGUAGUCGGCGUGAAUUUCGUCUAAUAUUAAAAAUAUUGCAUUUUUAAGAUCUAAAAUUAAUAACAAAAGUUAUUGUAGUUCCGUUUUCCACGAUGGCUAUGCAAUGUCAACUAUGGAUGGGCAGUUUGGAGCCCAAUAUGACGGAGAGUUUCAUAAUGGCUGCUUUCAACCGCAUGGGGCAGCGGCCAUUAGCUGUGAAAGUCAUGAGAAACAAAUUCACCGGAGAACCAGCUGGAUAUGCUUUUGUUCAUUUUCAGACUGAUGAAGAGGCAAUAGAUGCCAUGCAUAAGUUAAAUGGUAAGCCUAUUCCUGGCACAUUUCCAGUUGUGAGGUUCAGACUAAAUACUGCAUCCAGGGAAGCCCGUGCCAAUAUGCAACAAGAAAGAGAAUUCUCAGUAUGGGUCGGAGACUUGAGCCCUGAUGUUGAUGACUAUUCCCUCUACAGAGUCUUUGCAUCAAAGUACUCUUCAAUCAAAACAGCUAAAGUCAUUUUGGAUAGUUCAGGCUACACAAAAGGCUAUGGAUUCGUGAGGUUCGGCAAUGAGGACGAGCAGAGGAACGCCUUGUAUGCGAUGAAUGGUUACACUGGCCUUGGAUCGAAACCCUUGAAAAUAUGUACAGCAGUGCCCAAACCUAAGGGCGCCGCGACCCAGAACCCCACGACACCACCCGCUAAUAAUACUAACUAUAGCAGCGGAACUGAGUACAAUCAAUACUAUGAUCCGUCUGCAUACUGGCAGAACUACUCUGCGUGGUCUGGGUACUACGGGCAGGGCGAGCAGAGCGCGGGGGCCGUGCCGGCCGCGCCCGUCGUCGACGCCGCGCAGCUGCCCGUCGUCAAACCACCUGUCGAUGAUAUGGCGCUAGUUGAACACAAGAAAGUGCUUGAUGUAGACCAACUGAAUCAAGAAUUCCUGGAUCCCGAAAUGUCUCUCUGGGAUAGUUUAGAAUCAUCACAGUGGUUCCCGCACGAGGUGGUGGAGACGUGUUAGCUAAUUAAAUAAUAUUAAUGUAAGGUUAGGUUUGCUAUUGUAAAUAAAUAAGAGUUUGUCGUA